AUAAGUUAAAAGAAAUACAUGAGCUCCAGUGAUCGGUUGAAAAAGAACUUUGUCCGACACUACACAUCAUCCACAAUCUUGUAAGCUUAACUGCUGCCUAAGUAUGUUGAGACAAGAUACAAAUUGAGGUGGGGAGAUUUACUAGCUACCUAGUGCUUCACACCUUGAUUGGUAUUUGGUCAUGAAGUGUUGGUCAUCGUAAUAAAGUUUAAAGGUUGGAAGGAUCCAUGGAAGAAAAGGGAAACUUUUCUGAUGGACUACCUGAGGUGAAUAGCUCAGAUCAUGGGAUGAAAGAUGGAGGGGGUUCAGAUGACCAUAAAACGAGUGGAAGCAGCUCAAGCAACAGCAUGGCUGUGGAGAGUACUGGGAAAAAGUUGAGCUUAAGUGCUACUGGGGUUAGACAGUAUGUACGAUCUAAGAUGCCACGGUUAAGGUGGACUCCGGAUCUUCAUCGUUGCUUUGUUCAAGCUGUUGAGAAAUUAGGUGGCCAGGAAAGAGCAACACCUAAACUUGUUUUGCAGCUUAUGAAUGUCAAGGGCCUUAGUAUUGCUCAUGUCAAGAGCCACUUACAGAUGUAUAGGAGUAAGAAUAUUGAUGACCACGGUCAAGUAAUCAAUGAAAGAGGGUAUCCCUUUCGUAGCAUGGAUCAUUUUCUUCGAAACGGUUGGCAAUUUGCUACACUUGAUCGCGGGAUUCGGUCCAGCUUCAGCUACAGCUACAGUGAUGACAAUUGGACCAGCAAUAUGACUUGGAGAGCUAUGCCUGGUACAGUUGAUGAUACAAAUAUCAAAAGAGGAACUGUCUUCCACAAUACAUCGUUGGGAAGGAUCUAUGGGGGUAUUGGUGCAAACGCGAUCAAUGGUUCUCUAUUUGGUACACAAGAAAGGAGGAAAUCUUACAAUUAUAUGGAAGAUUUUACAUGGUUACCCGACACCAAAAUCAAUCACAAAGGUAUCUGGCCAUCCCGUGGAGAAACCAAUUCCGAGUUGACACAAAUUUAUAAAGAAAAAAGAGUUGAGAGCAUCGUAAAUGCUGCAAGCCCAGAAACAAAGUGCAGUGGUACAAAGACUGAAAAGGCAAACACAGCAAAGAGAAAAGCUCCGGAUAAUGGCGUUGACCUCAAUCUGUCUUUGAGCAUGAACCUGAGACAAGGGGAAAGCAAAAGAACACAUAAUUGGGAUGAGGAAGAAAAGGACAGCACUUUGUCUCUUUCUUUGUUUUCUGCUUCGAACGAAGAAAAAUGUUCCAUCGAUUUGAACAUGAGCUCCACAUUUAACAGUGAGAUCUUGUUGGUACUUGCACAAGAGGAUUCCCCGAUGAUAGCAUGUUUUGUAAGGACAAGGAUUAUAAAGGUGGAUAAAUGGGGAGGCUGCUUGUUGAGCUUGCAGCACUGGGCGCAGCAGAACUCAGCAUCAUCCCCUCUUUCUGCAGGGCCUCGUAUAAUGACAGUGGUUGCAUGCAUGAUUCGUACUGUCGCACAAAGCAGAUUUGUCGAUGCAGUUCUUCAAUCGUUGCUCCAGAAUGGCUUUCUGCAUCUUCAGCAUUUUCUGCCCCUCUAUGCAGCUCUCCAACUGGGAAGUCAGGGAUUCAACAUAAUCCUGCAAUUGUGAUUCACCAAAAUUAAAAACAAAAGGUGUAAGGUAGUAAA